AUGUCCCUCAAGCGCAAAGCUUCGUUUACAGCUCUCCCGACCAGUCUAUCAGCUCCGGCCCCCAAUGAAUGGGACAUGGGGACUGGGAGCACACAUCUCCACAGUCGGACACGAAAGCGCUUUAGAGACGAUCGUCCUAGUGACCAAGUGAUUUACCAGAACACUCUACGAUGGAUUUUCUCCGCGCAAAAGCAGCAGGAGUCCACACAGGCCACUGAUAUGGAUACAAUGGAUUCAGAGCCGACCCUCGAAACACCAGAAGUUGUUGAUCCCCGUCAGCAAACAUUGCACCGAUUCUUCCAGCAGAAACCACAACAAUCAUCGUCCUUCCGACCAUCUCCUCAAGCCCUUGCACCGCGUGCCAAUGAGACUGCACACACCCAGGAGGAUUUCCUACGUCGCCAGGCGUUUAAUCAAAUGAGCUCCGGGGACAGCUCAAGUGAGAGCAACAGUCCUGGGUCCAAUCAGAUGGCUGAUGUGGACAUGGAUAUGGACAUGGAUAGCACAAGCGGUAGUGAUGGGCUAAACCAGAUGCCCAAGAACUGGGUAGGAGGAAUGGCCUGGAGGUAG